UGUUAGAUUUUCGCUGUUUCUCUUGGCUACUUUGUUAAGAUUGUGUUAAUAUACAUAGCUUUUCUACCCUUUUCGAGGCCACCAUUGCGAAGAGUGAAGCGACCCCCGUUUAAUUUCCUCACAUUUGCGUUAUCGUACUGGACAUCAUCUAAAUUAUUUGCCAAAACAACCGCUUGCGGCGCCUGUCCCCAAUAUUUUGAUCCUGUUUCAGUAUAUCGUCCCCUAAAAGGACCGGGAAUUUAACAAGGGUCAGCUGGGUAUCAAGCACCUGAUUUUGCAAGCCAACGCCGCAGGUCAACUAUGGUUUUUUGUGGCCGUCCCUCUAAAGGAUGCCAUGCAUGUAGAGCUAGAAAGACAAAAUGUGAUGCAGUUCCCACUGGAUGCACUCAGUGUUCGAAUGCGGGUCGAAAAUGCCCCGGGUAUAGAUCCCAGGUUGACCUGAUUUUCCGGGAAGAAACUAAAAACGUUAUUAAAAAAGCAAAGGUUAAACACGAGAAAGCCAAGCAAAAGGGGACGGAACAUGUUUCUCUGAACUCUACUGGUUCUUGUUCGACCACCUCCUCACCAUAUUCAAGUCGAGGAAACUCACCACGCGAUGUCGUUAAGGCUUCGCAAUUUAACCAGAUUAUCUCUGUCAAUUAUCUAAACAUAACGCCAUCCAUUGAAGAUAGAGCUACCUCAUUCUUCCUAUCAAACUAUGUUAUAGGCGAUAAUGGUCCAACUCGAGGACACCUUGAUCUCCUUUCCGAUCUGUACGAAUCUGAUAGCGUAGAUGAUAAUCUUGUCGCCGCAGUUCAAGCAGUGGGUCUGGCUGGUUAUGCACACUCGGCAAAAGCUCCCCAUCUUAUCAAUCAAGCACGCGUACAAUAUGCCAAAUCACUUCAACUUACUAACACUGCCCUUCAAUCUCCAACUGCCGUCAAGAGAGACAGUACUUUAUUAGCGAUAUUGAUCCUCGGAAUCUUUGAAACUAUCACAGGUUGUAACCAGAAAUCAAUGAAAGCAUGGGCAGAGCACAUUCAUGGUGCCGCGGCAGUUGUCAAGCUUCGGGGGCCGGAAGCCAUCAAGAAAAAUGGGGGCAUACGCUUGUUAGCACAAGUAACUUCGAGCCUGCUGAUAUCAUGCAUCCAGAGGGAUAUUCCACUACCAGAAUACAUCGUCGAAAUUACAGAAUUCGCAGAAAAGGAGAUGACAAAUGUUGAUCCGGCCUGGAUCGCUCAAAGAAUAAUGAUUGACUACACGUCUUUCAAUGCUAGAUAUCACGAAGGUUACUAUAGUGAUGCUCAGGAGCUUCUUGAUGAUGCUGAGGCUUUGGACGAAAGAUUCCUCGCCUUUUUUACAAACAUACCGAAAGGGUGGGAAUUUACAAUAGUUCAGACAGACAAAGAUCCGGAUGUUGUAUUUGAUGGCUACUAUCACGUGUAUUAUGAUCACUGGGUAGCUCAAAUCUGGAAUGCAAUAAGAGAACUCAGAAUCUUACUCAAUGAAACGAUCAGAGAGGUCUUACUGAAAGACUUUACUUCUCCUGUACCAUCGUUACUUGGGUCCGAAUACGCAGAGAGAUUCCAAAUCUGCACAGAAAUAAUUUACCACCUACAAGCAGAAAUUCUCGCAAGUGUGCCGCAACACAUGGGCUACGUUUCGAGGAACAGUGGGCAUACACAACUCUGGAGUGGCUUCGAGAAAGAUGGGUUUGGAACAGAUUUCCCUACCAUUAGAUUCUCGGGUGGAUAUUUUUUGAUCUGGCCACUAUUACUAGUAGGCAAUUUGCGCCUUUCGACUCCAGAUGUUCGAGCAUUUUGUGUUAAGAAUUUGCGAUAUAUUGGAACGCAGAUGGGGAUUCAACAUGCAAACCUUCUGGCUACUAUUGUGGAACAGAAAAUUCCUGUAACUGUGUGGAAUGAGCAGAGACCACAACUCCCUGGUAGAAUCUUGGAUGAGGAUUUUGCCAUUGAUAAUGAGAACCAAAAUCGGGAAAUGGAGUACAGCCAGACAAUCCCUGUCUAGAUUAUCAAGUUCUGCUUCAAUUCAAAGCUGGAGGUUGAUUGCUCAACCCACUCAUGGUUAGCCAAUCAUGACGUGAUGAUGAUGGCAUCUCAGUCAAGCUAACAGUAUAAAACAUUUUUUAUCGCGUAUCACACGUUCAACACCCGCCAAUUAGUUCAGUAUAAGAUUCAAGUCAAGGCGGGUCAAACCUGGCAGUAAAACGGUGACCCUGAGCCGAGUCAAAACAAGAGCUGUCGUUGGGGAUUUCAGCAGGUAUCCUUUCAUAUUCAGUCAUAUCCAAAGAGAUCGUCCAAGCGAUGUGUUGCUUUACCAAUUUUUCUCAAAUAUGCAGCAGAAAAGCUCUUAUACGACAAGCAGCUUCUCAAUGCGAGACAAGUUUAAGAUCAUAGCAGACCAGGCUUUUCCAAAAGAUGUUCUCGCAUGGGGUACUAUAGGGAUAGAGAGAGUAGAAAAUUACAAUACUGGCUGAAGGAUCCUACACAAUCGUUUUACUAUACAAAAGAUAUACCCUCAGAUCUUAUGAAAUAAGCAGGAAGGGACUUGGUAGAGGCCACGGGGGAUACGGCAAUCUAGUAUCUCUGGAUGCCUUUCUUAUAUGUAGAUUUUUGCCAGGGCAGAGUUUAGAUUAAUUGCCCAAGGAGAACUCAGGAGGUUCUCCGAAAUUUCUUGCAUAUACCUCAUGAGUAGGCAAAGAUGAGCAUUUCCGCCACACAGAUCAACACACAACAAAUGGAGAAGGUAAUAGACUGUAACAAUUCUUGGGGGGGAUUUGUUUUUAAGGAUAGGUUGCGGGACAUUUGUGGGAUGAGCUUACCCCGUUAUUGAGUAAAGCUAUUUUUCAUUUAGUACGAGAUUGUUUAUUAUGAUCAAAUCCUAGUUUGAUGGAUGAUAACUAUCCUGAAAGCUAUUCCGAUACUUGCAAUCUCAAUCGGGAUUUGUAGCUUAUUCCUGAGCCUAUGUCUUUUCAUCAUGUUGCUCCUUUUCUGCCUUUUGGAACAUACACAAUAUUAUCAUAGAGUUUCUUCAUCAUUCCUUGUCAUGCUGCCGUCUUCUGUUCUUAAAGUACGUUUUGGGAUUCUUCCUGUUGUCCACCAGUGGGUGUACGGAUUAACGGGACACUGCAAAAAUGGACUUGUGAAUAUCUCUUGAUAUAUCGAAUCAUUUAUUCUA